CAGCGGCGGCGGCGGCGGCGGUGGCUCGCAGCUCCGUCCCAACCCGCGCGCUCCUCACAAGCCCAGCCUGGGCGAGCGGCAGGCACCUGCCCGGCGCCGCCUCCGCGCGCCCCGCCGCCGCCCAACUUGGAUGGAGUUGUGGUCCUGAGCGCACACCCUGCCGCCGUCAGCCCAGUGCCUCGCUCCGCUGCCUGCCUUCGGUUCGGGACCCCCUCUCCGCUCCUCUCCGCUCCAGAGAUGGGAAAAGUUGGCGCCGGGGACGGCUCCUCGGCCGCGCUUAGCGCGCUCCUAACGGGAGCCGGGCUUCUGAUGCUCUUAGCCCCUGGCAUCUGCAGCAGCCUUUCUUGCUGCCCUCCGCAACACCCUAGCUCGACCCCACGCUGGACCCUUACCCCAAGAGGCUUUUCUUACCCCGGACCGCUGGGUCGGGCUCCUGCCACGCCCCCGCCCCUCUUCAUGAGACCCCUGUUCGCAGUGGCCCCCGGGGACCGGGCGCUGUUUCUGGAGCGAGCUGGGGGCAGCAGGGUGUCAGUGGCGACCGCUUCACGCUCUGGCCGUAGGAGACGGAGUGGAAUGGAUCCUGAGAAGACUGAACCCGGAGAGGGUACGAGUCGGAGCCGCCGGGACAUGCUAAGGGAUGGAGGGCAGCAGGGGCCUGGGACUGGCGCGCGGGACCCGGACAAAGCCACUCGCUUCCGGAUGGAGGAGCUGAGAUUGACCAGCACCACAUUUGCGCUGACUGGAGACUCGGCACACAACCAAGCUAUGGUCCACUGGUCUGGCCACAACAGCAGCGUGAUUCUCAUUUUGACAAAGCUCUAUGACUAUAACCUGGGAAGCAUCACUGAGAGCUCGCUUUGGAGGUCAACCGAUUAUGGGACAACCUACGAGAAGCUGAAUGAUAAAGUGGGGUUGAAGACCAUUUUGAGCUAUCUCUAUGUGUGCCCAACCAACAAGCGUAAGAUUAUGCUACUCACGGACCCGGAGAUUGAGAGCAGUUUGUUGAUCAGCUCAGAUGAAGGGGCAACCUAUCAAAAGUACCGGCUCAACUUUUACAUCCAGAGUUUGCUUUUCCAUCCGAAGCAAGAAGACUGGAUCCUGGCCUACAGUCAAGACCAAAAGUUAUACAGCUCUGCUGAGUUUGGCAGAAGAUGGCAGCUUAUCCAGGAAGCAGUGGUACCCAAUAGGUUUUACUGGUCUGUGCUGGGGUCGAACAAAGAACCAGACCUUGUGCAUCUCGAGGCCAGGACCGUAGAUGGUCACUCCAUAUACUUAACUUGUCGGAUGCAAAACUGCACUGAAGCCAACAGAAAUAAACCUUUCCCAGGAUACAUUGACCCGGAUUCUUUGAUUGUUCAGGAUGAUUAUGUGUUUGUUCAGCUCACAUCAGGAGGAAGACCACAUUACUAUGUGUCCUACCGAAGAAACCCAUUUGCACAAAUGAAACUUCCGAAAUAUGCUUUGCCCAAGGAUAUGCAUGUCAUCAGUACGGAUGAGAAUCAGGUGUUUGCAGCAGUUCAAGAAUGGAACCAGAAUGACACCUACAACCUGUACAUCUCAGACACACGCGGGGUCUACUUCACGCUGGCCUUGGAGAACGUGCAGAGCAGCAGAGGCCCUGAAGGCAAUGUCAUGAUUGACCUUUAUGAGGUAGCAGGGAUAAAGGGAAUGUUCUUGGCUAACAAGAAGAUUGACAACCAAGUGAAGACUUUCAUCACUUACAACAAAGGCAGAGACUGGCGUUUGCUGCAGGCUCCAGAUGCAGAUCUAAGGGGGGACCCUGUGCACUGUUUGCUGCCCUACUGUUCACUACACCUUCAUCUCAAAGUUUCUGAGAAUCCCUACACAUCUGGGAUCAUUGCCAGCAGAGACACAGCCCCAAGUAUUAUAGUUGCAUCAGGUAACAUAGGCUCUGAGUUGUCAGACAGCGACAUCAGCAUGUUUGUAUCAUCAGAUGCAGGGAACACUUGGAGGCAGAUUUUUGAAGAAGAGCACAGCAUUUUGUACCUUGAUCAAGGGGGAGUCCUGGUUGCUAUGAAACACACAUCUCUCCCAAUUCGGCACCUGUGGUUGAGUUUUGAUGAAGGGAGGUCUUGGAGCAAAUACAGUUUUACAUCCAUUCCACUUUUUGUGGAUGGAGUCCUGGGGGAGCCUGGAGAAGAGACACUAAUCAUGACAGUGUUUGGACACUUCAGUCAUCGUUCUGAGUGGCAGCUGGUCAAAGUGGAUUACAAGUCCAUUUUUGACAGACGCUGUGCUGAAGAAGACUACAGACCCUGGCAGUUACAUAGCCAGGGGGAAGCAUGCAUCAUGGGAGCCAAGAGGAUCUAUAAGAAGCGAAAAUCUGAGCGCAAGUGUAUGCAAGGGACGUAUGCAGGAGCGAUGGAGUCUGAGCCUUGUGUGUGUACAGAGGCGGACUUUGACUGUGACUAUGGCUACGAGAGACAUAGUAGUGGACAAUGCCUACCAGCAUUUUGGUUCAACCCGUCCUCACUGUCAAAAGACUGCAGCUUGGGACAGAGUUACCUCAACAGCACUGGGUACAGGAAGGUGGUCUCCAAUAACUGCACGGACGGAGUGAGGGAACAGUACACCGCCAAACCACAGAAGUGUCCAGGGAAGGCCCCUCGUGGGCUACGGAUUGUCACUGCAGAUGGGAAACUGACAGCAGAACAGGGGCACAAUGUCACUCUCAUGGUGCAGUUGGAAGAGGGGGAUGUACAGCGGACACUCAUCCAAGUGGACUUUGGAGAUGGCAUUGCGGUGUCUUAUGUCAACCUCAGCUCGAUGGAAGACGGAAUCAAGCAUGUAUAUCAGAAUGUGGGCAUUUUCCGAGUGACCGUGCAGGUGGACAACAGUCUGGGGUCUGACAGCGCCGUCCUGUACUUACAUGUAACUUGUCCCCUGGAACAUGUGCACCUGUCCCUUCCUUUUGUCACAACAAAGAACAAAGAGGUCAACGCAACUGCCGUGCUGUGGCCCAGCCAAGUGGGCACUCUCACUUACGUGUGGUGGUAUGGGAACAACACAGAGCCCCUGAUCACCUUGGAGGGCAGCAUAUCAUUCAAGUUUACUUCUGAAGGAAUGAACACUAUCACGGUACAGGUCUCAGCUGGGAAUGCCAUACUGCAAGACACUAAGACCAUUGCGGUAUACGAGGAAUUCCGCUCUCUUCGCUUGGCUUUUUCUCCAAACUUGGAUGACUACAACCCUGACAUCCCGGAGUGGAGGAGGGACAUCAGCCGAGUAAUCAAAAAGUCUCUGGUGGAAGCCACAGGGAUUCCCAGCCAGCAUAUCCUGGUGGCAGUGUUACCUGGCUUACCCACUGCUGCUGAGCUCUUUGUUUUGCCCUAUCAAGAUGGAGCUAGAGAAAACAAAAGGUCCCCAGAGGACCUGGAGCAGAUAUCUGAAGUUCUAAUCCACAAACUCAACCAAAACUUGGUGCACUUUGAGCUGAAGCCUGGGGUCCAAGUUCUUGUCCACGCAGCUCACCUAACAGCAGCCCCCCUGGUGGACCUCACUCCUACCCACAGCGGAUCUGCCAUGCUGAUGUUGCUCUCAGUGGUGUUUGUGGGGUUGGCCGUGUUCGUCAUCUACAAGUUUAAAAGGAAGAUCCCGGGGAUUAAUGUUUAUGCCCAGAUGCAAAAUGAGAAAGAACAAGAGCUGAUCAAUCCAGUCAGCCACACUGAAAGCAGGCCCACUGCCCCUCACCCUGACCUCAGGAGGCCUGGCCAGCUUGUAGAUGAGAAGGUGGAAUCCCAUCUCCUAGACCAAGACAAGCCACACCACCUUCAUCGCCAAAGCGGGGAUCUGCUGGGGCACAAUUUGCAAUCUAAGGAAAACCCCCAAAGGCUACAGGAGACCUGCUGAUCAGAAAAGAAUUUCGCUCUUGUCAAGUACAUCAUCCUUCAUGACCACUAACUUUGUUUUUUUUUUUUUCUUCUUCUGUUGUUCUGUUUCCUAUUUCGCCAGGAAGUAUUUCCAUAGUUGCUGAGAAUCAAAGCACAAAAGAAAUCCCUACCUAUGUAAAUGUUUGAAUGGAGGACGCCAGUAAAAACAAACAAACAAAAAGUAAAUAAAAAUAAAAACAAUCAAAAUCCAAAAUAACAAGUAAACACUCUCACUGCAUCGGAACUUUUAAAUUCUUCAGACACAGACAACAAGGGUUUUUAGCUUUAAGCCUGUGCAUGUGGACAAUACUUUGAGAACGUGUUUGGAGGGGCAGUGUACAGGUGCUCUAUUUUAAUGGAAAACACUCCCCUCCUUUCUCAUCUCCUUUUCUGAUCGGUCAUGUUUGUAGAAAAUUCAUAACAUAUACAGGCCAAGGAUAUCUGCAUGUAUUUUUGAAAAUAUUCUUGGCUCUAGAUUUAACAGUUCUUUUAGCCCUAGGGGCUGAUGGUGGAUUAGCCAUCCCCAGCCUCUUCCUAAAACCACAAAGACAUGCACAGGAUGAAACCCUGAGCUGCUUCUCUGUGUUCCUUAGCGUCACAUUUCCUUUCUAAGUUAAUGUUAGUGGCUCCGUUGGUCAGCACCGACCACAGGCUGCUUUCUCUCCAGUCUCUGUGGCCGCAGGGACAAAGAUGCUAGUUAAAGAUUCAUACCCAUGGAGGCAGGUUCCAUAGCAACAGAAGGGAGGCUGGGAAGCAAAGCAUCUUUGUUUCUUGCUCAACUUUUCUCCUUGCAGCUUUCCCUCUUCCUACCCCCAAGGAAUGUAAAAAAACAAAGACAAAACACAAGUGGGAUUUUUUCCCCCAGUACUUACUUGGUACCCUACUUUCACAUUUGAUUGUCAUCCAUGUAUGAACAUGUUCUCUCGCCAUCUUUCAGGUUUUUCUCCUCCCUGUUCCCCAUUAUCUUUUGAUGCCUCUCUCUUUGUCUGCUCAACUGUGUUGCUAGAUUUUGGAUAGUAAACCUUAUACUUCCUAAAACUGGCCCAGCCUACGCCAACCCUUACUCCACUCACAAGUCUUUAGCUCUAUCAAUUUUGUACAAUCUUAAGCAUGCCAGCUCCCCUGCGUUCUAGCCAGGCUGCGUUCUGCACAGCUGGCAGGCUUCAGUUACAUUUCCCCUCUAUCUCCUCCCCAAAAACCUUUCUUUGCCAAAUACCUCUGGUUUUCCCACAUGGAAACAUACACUGAGUGUUAAAGAGUUUUUACAUCCAUAGUAUUCCAAACCUGGACAUGUGCUUUGGAAAGGAAAGCAUAGAGAUGAGCAGUGGUGGUUUGUGCAUUAACAAAAUCUUAUGUGGUCCAAUUCUAGAAGAUUCUCUUGAGAAAAGUUUUGAAAGUGUGACUAUGGUGGAAGGUAAUAUCUUCUGUGAUAGUUGCUGUUAUUUGAUAUUUCUGCUCUAGAAUAACCAUAUUUGUAAAAUAAAACUGAUUUUAACCUCAAGGAGAAACAGGUUAAUGGACUUAAUAUAAAGAGUAUUGAAAAACCUAUACAAAUCGGUCUUCUCAUAUAUUUGAAAGAGAUUUUGACCAUUUGGGAUGAUCUCAUUGAUUCCAAGUAUGUACUCGAAUCUUCAAUUGUCACAGUAUUGAUGAAGAAAAAUUCAGUAUAAAUGGAAGGGUAACUGCUUACAGCAAAGUAAGGCUUACCCCUAUCAUGGCUUUGAAGCAAAAGAAAACCAGUUUCCCUAGAGGAAUCAUGCAAGAGGCUCACAAAAAAGGAGCAGGGCUCCUGCUGAAGUUCUUCUAGUGACUGAGUUCCCCUUCAUUACUGUGUACUAAAAAAAUCCCAAUCUCAAGUUGGGAUGAAAGUGGUAAACCACUUCCAGAACCUACCAUCCCUUGGCUAUGUCCCAAAGCCAAGAACAGGGUAUUGUCAAGGGCCUUGGUAUAUCCCAAUGAUCAGUAUGAUCCUGGCUCUUGAAUGGCUGAUUCAGCGAUCAGGUGACUUUGCCUUAUAUGGCUGAAGCAAAGGGAGAGGAGGAAAGCUGGUGGUGUCAGAGGUUAAUCAAACAGAAAGCUUAUGGUCGAAGGUGCCCCAUGUCAAUAUGGUCAAUUUUGCCUGGGGACAUAAUCAAUCAAUUCUCAAACUGCCAGGCUUCCUAUCUCAUAGGAAACAUCUUCAGUGAUUAUUCUCUUCAGUUGAAGUCUUCCAUAUUUAGUCUGGAAGACAAAAAUAUUUGGAAACCAAAAUAGGUCCAUUCAAACCAGCACAGGGAAUCCUCAGCGUUGCAGUUCAAUUGAUUCUAAUUUUAAAAAAAAAAAUAUUUUAAAAAAUGAACAACAUUCUUGAUCUAGCACAGUGCCUUGCCUAGAAUAACAUUUUGAAAAUUUGUUUGUCAAUAAAAGGACAAUGAGUGGGUGAAGAGACAUGGGGAAGAAGGGUCUGUAAGUCUUCAUGUAAAAUAGAGAUGGGCCUGAAAUUCCUGCCAUCUUGGGCAGUACCCAAAGUGGUCAGCUAUAGAUUCAGCUUCUCCAGUGUCCUCAUGUGCCUUUCCUCAAAGCUCCCUCUCACCUGUAGGUUGGUGAGGCAAGGUACUUCUUAGAGAGGACCUACAAGUCCCUAUAACCUUGGCUUGUGGAUCUCAAAGUGUGAUGCCUAAGACAAGAUAAGAGUGUCACUUACACUUGCUUGAAACGCAGAUUCAAACUGGGCUAAAAACAGACCCUGCUAUUUUGGAAAUUCUAGGGAUCUUUAGUAUUAUUUUUUGAUUAUGAAUCAUGGCUGUCCCAACCAAAUGUUUCACCAAGCCAUCCAGGUGAUGAUGAUACCUAUGCUCAAGUUUGAGAACCACCACACUAGGCCUUGCAGCCAAAUCCCAACAAGAAAGGAACAUUUAGAACCUACAAGUGGGACAGAACCAAGUGCCUACCUCUCACUAAAAGCAGGUGCAAACACAAUGAGGACUUUGGUGGAUUUAAGGCCAAAGGAGUGUAGGGAGGAAUCCAUAGAAGGUAAGAUUCAGGGCAAGCUACAAAUUGGAUACUGCAACCUCUCUUAAAUGUCCAAAGGGCAAACCGUACAUGCUCUACCCUCAACUUCCCACUAACGUCGUUUCCCCCCUUGCCUCAUUCUAAUUGGAUUCGAGGUCCAAAUUGCAGAGGUUUGCUUUGCUUUUUCCUCAGAAGUUCCAAACAGCAACUUUGAAAGCAAUGGGGUGCUUGGCAGCAGCCGUUGUGUGUUGUCCCGGAUCCCAGCUGAGCAUUGAGACCCCUUCAUUUGCCAACUUCUUUUUAUAGGAAGCCAAUUAAAAAAACAUAUGAAAGUUUUCUUAUAGGAUUGGAACUACUUCUAAUUUUAAAAUGACUUUUUUGAUGUAUUUUUUUGUUAAAUACUAUGUAGUGUAAUGUAUAAUUGCUCUUGUUUAUUGCUUUUACAAUCAUAUUUAUUAAACAGAUAAUGUCUCUAAA